AUCCCAAGAAAUUAUAUCUCUCUUUGUUGACUUUUCUACAAAUAAAACAUUUUCAUAAUCCUUGGUUUGACAACAGUAGUUGGCCUAUUAUAAGAUGAAGAAAUAUCCUGCAGAAGCAGAUUGAACAUCCGAAAGAAAGACCAAAAAGCAAAAGAGAGUGUGUAAUGGCUUUGAAUGAAUUUUCACCUGUGAUUAAACAAGAGGACAAUGAAUUCCUCACAGCCAUAGUUCCUAGCUGUGGUCUUAUCUAUUCAGCAGUUUUGAAUGCUGCAAUUGAACUAAACAUAUUUGAGAUCAUAGGUAAGGCAACCCCACCUGGUGUCUCAGCCUCUGAAAUCGCUUCUCAGCUUCCAAAACAGCACCCAGAAUUGCCUAGAAGGCUUGAUCGCAUGCUGUGUUUGCUUGCUAGUCACUCUCUUCUUACCUGUUCCACACGCCCCAAUCAAGCUUUUGGGGUUGAAAGACUCUAUCAAUUAUCAAGGGCUGGUAAAUACUUUGUCAAUGAUCCGAAUAGAGGCUCCUUAACUUUAUUGCCAAUAUUUCUUGCUCACCAAACUCUCGUGGAUGUUUUCCUCAAUUAUAAGGAGGUCCUUUUAGAUUGUGACAAUGACAUAUACAGUAAAGUCAAUGGAAUGCCUUUUUAUCAAAGCAUACAGAGAGAUUUGUCAUUGAAUCAUAUUUUUAAUAAAUCGAUAGCCGAUCUAUGCAAAGUGGAGAUAGGGAAGAUACUCGAAAUAUAUGAUGGAUUUGAAGGAAUAUCAUCGUUGGUUGAUGUGGGAGGUGGCAUUGGACAAAAUUUGAAUGUGAUUAUCUCCAAGUAUCCUUCAAUUAAGGGUAUCAAUUUUGAUCGACCCCAAGUGAUACAAAAUGCUCCAGCUUAUCCAGGGAUAGAACAUGUUGGAGGAGAUAUGUUUGAGAGUGUUCCAAAAGGUGAUGCAAUUAUAUUAAAGGCUGUUUGUCACAAUUGGCCUGAUGAAAAAUGCUUAAAAGUUUUGACUAAUUGCUAUGAAGCUCUGCCCCAAAAUGGUAAGGUGAUUGUUGUGGACUUCAUAAUGUUUGAGACAAUUCAAUCAUCUGAUGCAGAAAAGUUUGCUUCCAGUAUAGACAACCUUAUGUUUAUUUUUGGUGGGAGAGAAAGAACUGAGAAGGAAUUUGAGAAUCUGUGUAAAGACUCUGGCUUUUCUAGUUUUAAAGUUAUUUGCCGUGCUUUCUCAACUUUAGGAGUGAUGGAAUUUUAUAAAGCAUAAUUUGGUAGGUUUUCGACACUUAAUUUAUCACAUGAAAUGAAAAGACUUAGUCUGCUGUUGUAUUUGAAUAUGUUAUUCCAAUGAUUUUAUAUAGUCAGCAUACUUGUAUUCAGUGAGAAGGUAUAGGCAGGUUUUGAGCACUUGCAAUACCUACCUACCAGGAACAUUUUUUAGUAUGCCUUAUUAUGUGCAUCUUUUCAAUUUUAAGGGAUAAUGAAUAAAUAUGUGUAUCUUGCGAUUGUUUU